GCGGCGGGGCUGCUCGGACAGGGGGCGCCGCUGUGCGGAUAUGGACGCGAGCGCCCCCGCACGACGCCGGCCCGAGAAGAGCCGAGUGGGAAGGGGCCCGGGAUCCGGGUCGAGCCUGCCUGGCCGUCCAGACUCGCUCCCGCCCUCGCGGCCUAGCGGGAGUCUGGGUGCUGGGCACGGCCUGGACCCUUCCCUGGGGACGCCCGCCCGGGCCGCCGUGGACUGGGGUGGCCAGGGUGCGGCCUGGAUCCCCGCGUGGCGAGCAGGGCGAGUGAUGGGAGUGCUGCCCCUCGCGCCCACGUUCCUGGGCUGGGGUGGGCGGAUAGGGCACCUAGCCGCCGCAGCCGCGAGCUCGUAGGGUGCACUGACCCCGUUGGGGGCUGGGGUGCCCACUCCGCAAGUUAUCACUGAGCGACUUCCGGUCUGUGAGCCCCGUCCCCCGCACCCCACCUUUCCGCCGCCUAGAGCCUCCGCGCCCUCCUGCGCCCAUCAGAACUUGGCGCAGGUUCACCCCACUUUGUGUAGGAACUCCGGAUCCUUCCAUGGGGUCCUCCUUCCACAUACUCAGGAACCCCACUUCCUGCCAGGGUGGAGAGGAUGGGGUCCUUGAAGGCCAGCUGAGGGCCCUGACUUCGAGUCAGAGGUCAGGGGUCAGCAGCAGAAGAGUGGAUUCGUGCUGAGUCAUUGGCCAUGGGUGGGUUCCGCGCCCUCCCUCUCUUGGGCAGACGUUUGGUAGGCAAAUGUGUGGGCAUGCAGGCCACUGGGGUGCUCCAUCUUGGGCUCGGGAGUGGCUGCGGCCCCGUCCAUGGCCCAGGAGACACGUACCCAUGAAAGGAAACGAUGUGAGGAAUGAAGCCAUUGGAGGUCUGGGCAUCAUCCUGUGAGGACGAGGCGUGUCUGCUGGGAGGGCUCCUGGCCACGGAGGCUUCCACAGUCUGGAUGGUCCCUGCCCCCAUUACACACAGCCUGGAGCCUGGACACUGUGAAAUCCAAAGGGACAGUGGGGGUCCUUUCUAGAGUGUCCCCCCAGCGUCGGGAAGUGCCCUCAAACAACAUCAGCAGGGUUGUUCCCCUGCCCUGUAUGGUCAGACACCACCCCUACAGCCAGGCUGGCAAUGGCCCCUGGCCCCAACAUGGCCCGUCGCUCUCAGAGCUCCUCGCAGGGGGACAACCCGCUGGCACCCGGGUACCUGCCGCCUCACUACAAAGAGUACUACCGCCUGGCGGUGGAUGCACUGGCCGAGGGUGGCUCGGAGGCCUACAGCCGCUUCCUGGCUACCGAGGGGGCACCGGACUUCCUGUGCCCUGAAGAGCUGGAACAUGUGAGCCGACACCUUCGGCCUCCGCAGUAUGUUACCCGAGAGCCACCUGAAGGCAGCCUUCUCGACGUGGACAUGGAUGGCUCCUCGGGUACAUACUGGCCGGUGAACUCAGACCAGGCCGUGCCUGAGCUUGAUCUGGGCUGGCCUCUGACCUUCGGCUUCCAGGGCACCGAGGUGACCACCUUGGUGCAGCCACCGCCCCCCGACAGCCCCAGCAUCAAGGAUGAGGCCCGCAGGAUGAUCCGUUCCGCCCAGCAGGUGGUGGCCGUGGUGAUGGACAUGUUCACUGAUGUGGACCUACUCAGCGAAGUGCUGGAGGCCGCGGCCCGUCGGGUCCCAGUCUACAUCCUGCUGGAUGAGAUGAAUGCGCAGCACUUCCUGGACAUGGCCGACAAGUGCCGUGUCAACCUGCACCACGUGGAUUUCCUGCGUGUACGGACUGUGGCGGGCCCCACCUACUACUGCCGCACUGGGAAGUCCUUCAAGGGCCACGUCAAGGAGAAGUUCCUGUUGGUGGACUGUGCCGUGGUGAUGAGUGGGAGCUACAGCUUCAUGUGGUCCUUUGAGAAGAUCCACCGCAGCCUGGCGCACGUGUUCCAAGGAGAGCUGGUCUCCAGCUUCGACGAGGAGUUCCGCAUCCUCUUCGCGCAGUCCGAGCCGCUUGUGCCCUCGGCCGCGGCCCUGGCCCGCAUGGACGCCUAUGCCCUGGCUCCGUAUGCCGGGGCCGGGCCUCUCGUGGGCGUCCCUGGGGUCGGGACGCCAACCCCCUUCUCCUUCCCUAAACGAGCGCACCUCCUGUUCCCGCCACCCCGGGAAGAGGGCCUGGGCUUCCCCUCCUUCCUCGACCCGGACCGCCACUUCCUAUCGGCCUUCCGCCGGGAGGAGCCGCCGCGGAUGCCGGGGGGCGCGCUGGAACCGCACGCGGGGCUGCGGCCGCUCUCACGGCGCCUGGAGGCCGAGGCGGGGCCGGCUGGGGAGCUCGCGGGCGCGCGGGGCUUCUUCCAGGCGCGGCACCUGGAGAUGGACGCCUUCAAGCGGCACAGCUUCGCGACCGAGGGCGCGGGCGCCGUGGAGAACUUCGCGGCCGCGCGGCAGGUGUCGCGACAGACGUUCCUCAGCCACGGCGACGACCUCCGCUUCCAGACCAGCCACUUCCACCGCGACCAGCUCUACCAGCAGCAGUACCAGUGGGACCCGCAGCUCGCACCGGCGCGCCCGCAGGGCCUGUUCGAGAAGCUUCGCGGGGGCCGCGCGGGUUUCGCGGACCCGGAUGACUUCACCCUGGGCGCCGGGCCGCGCUUCCCGGAGCUCGGACCCGACGGGCACCAGCGGCUGGACUACGUGCCGUCCAGCGCGUCCCGCGAGGUGCGCCACGGCUCGGACCCCGCCUUCGGGCCCGGACCCCGCGGCCUGGAGCCCAGCGGGGCCCUGCGCCCCAACCUAACCCAGCGCUUCCCAUGCCAGGCAGCGGCGAGACCCGGCCCAGACCCCGCUCCCGAGGCAGAGCCGGAGCGCAGGGGCGGGCCCGAGGGGCGGGCGGGGCUGCGGCGCUGGCGCUUGGCCUCCUACUUGAGCGGCUGCCACGGCGAGGAUGGGGGCGACGACGGCUUGCCGGCGCCCAUGGAAGCGGAGGCUUACGAAGACGACGUGCUGGCUCCCGGGGGCCGGGCACCUGCCGGCGACCUGCUCCCCUCGGCCUUCCGCGUCCCUGCAGCCUUCCCCACCAAGGUCCCGGUGCCGGGCUCGGGCAGCGGCGGCAACGGCCCAGAGCGCGAGGGCCCGGACGAGCCUGGCCUGGCCAAGCAGGACUCAUUCCGCUCGCGCCUGAACCCCCUGGUCCAGCGCAGCUCCAGGCUGCGCUCCUCGCUCAUCUUCAGCACGUCACAGGCGGAGGGCGCUGCCGGGGCUGCGGCGACCACCGAGAAGGUGCAGCUGCUGCACAAGGAGCAGACGGUCAGCGAGACGCUGGGGCCCGGCGGAGAGGCCGUGCGCUCCGCGGCUUCCACCAAGGUGUCGGAGCUGCUGGAGAAGUACAAGGGCCCAGCCCGUGAUCCCGGCGGCGGCGCGGGCGCCAUCACCGUUGCCAGCCACAGCAAGGCCGUCGUGUCCCAGGCGUGGCGGGAAGAGGUGGCGGCCCCAGGUGGCGUGGGGGGCGAGCGCCGCAGCCUUGAGAGCUGCCUGCUGGACCUGCGCGACUCCUUUGCGCAGCAACUGCACCAGGAGGCGGAGCGGCAGCCGGGAGCCGCAUCGCUCACCGCGGCGCAGCUGCUCGACACGCUGGGCCGGAGCGGCUCCGACCGCCUGCCCUCCCGCUUUCUCUCUGCCCAGGGCCACUCAACCUCCCCGCAAGGGCUGGACAGCCCUCUGCCUCUGGAAGGGCCCGGGGCGCACCAGGUGCUCCAUAAUGAGCCAAAAGGAAGCCCCACCUCGGCUUACCCUGAGCGGAAGGGGAGCCCCACGCCUGGGUUUUCCACUCGAAGAGGAAGUCCAACUACAGGAUUUAUCGAGCAGAAAGGGAGCCCCACCUCAGCCUACCCCGAGCGCAGGGGUAGUCCGGUGCCCCCCGUGCCGGAGCGCAGGGGCAGUCCAGUGCCCCCCGUGCCGGAGCGCAGAAGCAGUCCGGUGCCCCCCGUGCCGGAGCGCAGGGGCAGCCUCACCCUUACCUUCUCCGGGGAGUCCCCGAAGGCCGGGCCCGCGGAGGAGGGGCCGAGCGGCCCCAUGGAAGUCUUGCGUAAAGGCUCCUUGCGUCUUAGGCAGCUGCUGAGCCCCAAGGGCGAGCGGCGCAUGGAGGAUGAGAGUGGCUUCCCAGUGCCACAGGAGAAUGGCCAACCCGAGAGCCCGCGGCGGCUGUCACUGGGCCGGGGUGACAGCACGGAGGCUGCCACAGAAGAGCGGGGUCCGCGGGCGCGCCUGUCCUCAGCCACGGCCAACGCCUUGUACAGCAGCAACCUUCGGGAUGACACGAAGGCCAUUUUGGAGCAGAUCAGCGCCCACGGCCAGAAGCACCGUGCGGUCCCUCCCCCGAGCCCCGGCCCGACCCACAGCAGCCCCGAGCUAGGCCGUCCACCGGCUGCUGGCGUCCUAGCCCCAGAUAUGUCCGACAAGGACAAGUGUUCAGCCAUCUUUCGCUCGGACAGCCUGGGGACCCAGGGCCGGCUGAGCCGCACGCUGCCAGCCAGCGCGGAGGAGCGCGAUCGGCUGCUGCGCCGCAUGGAGAGCAUGCGCAAGGAGAAGCGCGUGUACAGCCGCUUCGAGGUCUUCUGCAAGAAAGAGGAGGCUAGCGGCCCUGGGGCAGGAGAAGGCCCCGCGGAGGAGGGCACUAGGGACAGCAAGGUGGGCAAGUUCGUGCCCAAGAUCCUGGGCACGUUCAAAGGCAAGAAGUGAGUCUUCUGGCCUAGCAGCCCUGGCCAGGGUGCCCACAUCGCUGCCCCGGUCAUCCGGAAGCCCCGCGGAACAGAGAGCACUGCUCAUGUGCUUGAGCAGCGACUGUCAGGCCACAGCCGCUUGGGGCUUGGCUGAGUGCGCCAGACCUCGGCUCCACUCCACUGGAGGCUCACCUGGCAGCUGCCGUCUCUGCCCACUGGCCUCCCCGACGCUGGGGCUCCAUCCCGUCGCCACCAGUGCCUUUCUCCCGUCAGCACCUUCAUCUCUGCACCGUCAGCCUUGCGUGGCGCAGCGUCUGGCUCCACCAUCUCUUUGUGCCUCAGUCCCACCCCACCCCCACCUUUUUUUUUUUUUUUUUUUGAGACCUAGGGCUGGAGUGCAGUUGAGCGGUCUGGGCUCACUGCAACCUCUGCCUCCCGGGUUCCAGCGAUUCUCCUGCCUCAGCCUCCUGAGUAGCUGGGAUUACAGGUGUGUGCUACCACGCCCAGGUAGUUUUUGUAUUUUUAGUAGAGACAGGGUUUCACUAUGUUGGCCAGGCUGGUCUCCAACUCCUGGCCUCAAAUGAUCCGCCCGCUUCAGCCUCCCAAAGUGGGGGGAUUACAGGCAUGAGCCGUGCACCCCGCUAAGUCCCCUAUCCUCUUGCAAGGGUCUCGCCUCUGUGCCUCAACUCCCCAUUCUCUGGGCCCUUUUCCUCCUCAGGGCCUCCUGUUCUCAGGGCCUCCCCCCUCCCUGCUCCUUCCCUCUCUCAGGGUCUCCCCCGUUCUCAGGGCUUCACUUCCUUUCCUACUUGGAGUCUCCCACUUGCUGCCUCCCAGCAUCCUUCUUGGAGGCCCGUCUCUUGCUGUGGGGGAAGACUGGGCUGGCUGCGGGCAGUUUGCAAGGGGGGGUGU